AUGACCCUUGUCACUCAGUACUGGAGAUUUGUUUCAGCAAUAACUUUGCCCAAAGGUCAUCAUACCUCUGAUGUUCAGUCUACAUUAUAUGCUCAAUUUGGCUAUCAAUCACAUGAAAGGGACCGUGUCUAUUGGACUGUGUCAACCCUGCUCUCAUCAGUGACUGCCAUUAGGGGCUUGAACGAUUCAUUUUCUGUCUAUCCUGAGGAAACCCACUUUCUGGGUCUUGCAGACAGAAUACUGCUGUUCUGGAUUUUGAUUGGAAUUCCACCCAUAUGUUUCCAUUUUAAUAGUAUAUUUCUCAUCCAUUACUCUAAUUUUGUUUUCCAUUCAUGGCAAUCUACUCCAAAGGAUAUGAUUGGCAAACUGAAACUGCAGUGUGCAGUCCAGCCUCCCAAAGGCUGGGAAGAGCACAUGUUUGGCCUGAGAGAUAGAAGACACUCCUUGACACCUCACCCUUCCAUCAUGAACACCCCAAUGCUCCCUUCCCCUUCCCUGCACCUGGACAACCAAAUCUGUGAUGAGGACUCUGCAAUGGAGGAGAUGGAGGAGAAUCCUGACAACAACAAAAAUGAGGAUGACCAGCCUUCCAGUAAUGAGAAUGAGGAUGAUCAGCUGUCCAGUAGCAAGAACAAGGAUGACCUGCCAUCUGGUAGUGAGGAAGAGGAUGACCUGCCAUCCAGUAGUGAGAAAGAGGAUGACCAGCUGCCCAGUAGUGGUGACGACAACAAGGGUUCCAAUUACAAUGAGAAUGAUGACAAGAUGGAGAGCUCGAGCAACUCCUGUGAUGAUGAUGAUCCAUGCACUCACAAUGCUCAGACCAUUUCUUGUGCCCAGUCCCUGCUUCCCCCAUCCUCACCACCUGUGUACAAGUCUGAUGACUCUGCCCAUCCUGUAGGGGAUGUUGUCCAUCCUUGCCAAGAAGGUGGCCCAAUCUAUACUAGACUUCAGAAGAAGGGCAAAGGUAGGGCUAUAGAUGCUGAGGACAUUGAUGCUGAAAACCACAGUGACCGUGACACCCAACUCCUGAACCUCAAGAAGCUGGGGAAUCUGUCCACAGCAGCAUUAGAUGAAAUAUGUGCUUUUGCGAAGGAUGCUUCUCAUACCAAAAUUAAUGAGGCCAACCUCUUCUGCUCAUGGUAUUGGGCCACACAGCCCAAACCAGAUGGUGCCAAUCAAAAUUCAAUCAACAAUUUGAUUACGAAGGAGUACAACACCCUCAUGAUAGGCAUCCCCAAGGAUGACUUCGCAGCAAGGAGGGAAAAGUUAAAAGCUAUGAGUGGAGUGAGAGCUCCUCCACCAUACCGACUAAUCUAUCUGUCAAAUCUAUUGCAGCUAGAGUGGACAAUGCAAAGACACAAUUUUCUGGAUUGGUAUGUGGUUGCAACUGUGCAGCCAUCGAUUCUGAUUGUUCCACAGGCAGAGGCAAGGUCCAAUCUCGAGGAUAUUGAGAUAGUUGGAGUGGUAAUGUAUGUUGGACAGGACCCUGCAGGACAUCAAACUUCUGGCAUAUUUGGAGGCUCCAAGAUGAUAAGAAAAUUCAUGAAUGAAAAUGGCAUUGAUGUCUGGUCACUCAUGGAUAAGUAUACUGCAAUUUUCAGGUGUCUCAGGAAUGGCAAUGGUGUGGAUGCCAGGGUGGCCAGCACCAGUUCCAUUGGAGAUGAGACUCCAAGAGACUGCAACCACAGAGUAUUUGGAAGCAUGAUGAAGGAGAAGAUGUUGGCCACAUUGAGAGAUCUGCAUGUCACAUGUGGCAUUGAAGUUGGCAAUCCCCAGAAAGUUUCCUGGCACCAGCUUCUCGAGUUUUUGUGGAAGAGCCACCUCACUAUUGUCAACUGGCCCCAUGGUGUAUCUCCACUGGGCCCUGGUUUUAAGUACAAGAAAUUUAAGGCUGGCCCUCUUUGUCAACUUGUAGUACCUUGCCUUUGGAGAAAACUGGGUCUUUUGUAUGAUGAGCAAACUGAUGAUGAGGAAGAACAAGAUAGUCUGGAUGAUGUGCUGGAAAUUGAGAUUAAGUGCUGGAAUGAAGAGGUCAUUGAUAUUUUGGAUGCUGACCCUUUGAAGGGUGAGAUUGUGCUUGUCAAAGCUACCAAUGGUACUGUUUUGCAGCAGAUCUCAGAUGAUCCAGAGUGGCAGAAGUCCCUCAAGGAAAUGGAUCACCAGCAGCAAGGCAUGGAGCAACCCCAUGUGGAGGCGUCAAAUUGCGAUACUAUUGGUCCCCAGUAUCUGCUGACAUUUGCAAGGCUUUACAGUCUGACUGUUGAACUGCGCCACAUGAUCAAUGCUGGGAUACAUGCCCCACUGUGCAAGAUUUGUGUCAUGACCCAUCCACAAUUCCAAGCAAUGUGCACACUCGAGAGCCUGGCCCAUCUGAGCCUCCUGCACUGGCUCCACAAUACAGGGAUCUACAUCAGGAUAAUCUUCCAAGCUGUCCUCACAUGCAAGAGGCUGGCCCAGCCCAGCAGUCUUUUCCCAGAUGACAAGAUUCUUGGGGUGACUGUACAGACUAUCAUGAUCCUGGCCCAUCUAAUAUCCCAUAUCAUGCAUUACCUUCUGGCCACCACAAUCAAUUUCCUCUGUCUCGCCAAGGAUUCCAUCAUGUUCUGUCUUGAACCAAUCAUCCUUACUACAAUGUUGGGUGAACCUCAUUGGGUUAACAGGGGUAAUGCUGCACAAUAUGAGGAUGACUUCGCUGAGGAGUAUAUAAAUGAAGAUUACUACUAG